AGAUAGAGAGAGAGAGAGAGAGAGAGCGAGAGUGAAAGGGAGAGAGAGAGAGAAAGCGAGAGAAAGAGGGAUAGGCUUUAUAUAUUUAUUUACAUCUGUGAUAUCGACACUGAUAUACAUCGACCUUCUUCGCGAGAAAAAGAAGAAGAGGACUGAGGAGAAAGAGAGAGAGAGAGACACGAGUGACGUGAUCCAGAGAGAGAGAGAGAGAGAGAGAGAGAAUCAUCGCUCCGAAGAAAGAUUUAUAUCAGUAUCUUAGUGGAUAGGAUUUUUUGUAUAUACGACUGACUCUUUUUUAUAAUUAUUACUAUCGGUGUGAGUUGCCGGAGCGAGGGACGCGCGCUCGGACCAGAUCUCUCGAGGUGUUGAAGUAAUCCAGAGGCUUCUCCGAUCUUCUUUUUCCCAGACGGUCGUUCGCGAGAGGCGACGGUCGAGAGUAACGCGACGAGGGAAACAUGGUGGAGAAGAUUUUGGAGGAACGAGAGGACGGCACUCAGGAGGCCGGGCGAGGCGAUGGUACCUGCCGAGACGUGGCCUCGACGGGGGAGUCCAUGAGCGCUGUGCAGGCUCGUCAGGAGGAGGCGAGACGUAAGAGGCGCAGGAAGAGACGCUCCGGCUCCUCCGUGGUGUCCUCCUGCUUUCAAGAAUUGUACAAACUAACCGGAGAAGUUCUUGGGGAGGGCGCCUACGCCUCGGUCCAGAGCUGUACCUCGCUCUAUACGGACCUCGAGUAUGCCGUGAAGAUCAUUGACAAGAUCCCUGGGCACGCGCGUGCCAGAGUAUUCAAGGAAGUCGAGACGUUCCACCAUUGCCAGGGCCACCCGAACAUCAUACAGCUAAUCGAGUUCUUCGAGGACGAGGAAAAGUUCUAUCUUGUGUUUGAGAAAAUCAACGGUGGCCAGUUAUUGAAUAGGAUUCAGGAACGGAUUCACUUUACCGAGAGAGAGGCGAGCCAGAUCGUCAAAGAGAUUGCGAGUGCGCUCGAUUUUCUUCAUAAGAAAGGUAUUGCUCAUAGAGAUCUCAAGCCCGAGAACCUCUUGUGCGUGUAUCCGGACAAGUUGACGCCAAUCAAGGUAUGCGACUUCGAUCUUGGAUCAGGUAUCAAGUUUAACAACUCGCUGUCUAGUCCUGUGGCAACGCCGCAACUUUUGACACCAGUGGGUAGCGCCGAAUUUAUGGCGCCGGAAGUGGUCGAGGCUUUUAUCGGCGAGGCCAAUUAUUACGACAAACGUUGCGAUCUCUGGAGUCUCGGCGUUAUUAUGUACAUUCUACUCUGCGGUUAUCCGCCUUUCUAUGGGAACUGCGGCACUGAUUGCGGUUGGGGCAGGGGAGAGAAUUGUCAGGCCUGUCAGGAAUUGCUCUUCACCAGUAUUCAGGAGGGCAGAUAUGAAUUUCCUGACAAGGAGUGGCGAUGCAUCUCUGAGGACGCGAAACAUUUGAUCAGAGGCUUGCUCGUUAAGGAGGCCCACCAGAGGCUCAGCGCCGAUAGUAUUUUAAAACAUCCCUGGAUUAAUCCCGGGCCGACUUCCGUUGAAACUGGUGAUCGAUCACUUACCACGCCUCAUAUCAUAAGGAGGAACAACUCCGCUAGAGAACUCUCAGCAUUCGCUGAGUCCGCAAUGGCUGUGAAUCGUGUGGUACUUCAGCAUUUCUCUCUAAAUCUCGAAGAACUGGCAGAGAACCGGGAGCCCAGACUGUCCACGUCGUCGACCGACGACGACAAUCAUCCAUACGGUCACAUGUCCGACUCCAGCAGCGAACUGUCCGAGAACAGCAAGCAUCUGACGCAUUCGUCCAGCGAAUUCGACGGCACACGACCAAAGUCCUGCUCCGUGCACUCUAGCGUCGAUCUGAACGACCCCAAGAUUAUCGGCAAGAAUCGCGUCAUUAGUAAGGACUCGCUGCAGAAUUGGUUUGGGCUAUCACCGCCGACCGAGAGUCGUCUGAUGCAGCGCCGUUUGAAGGCACGCUCGGACCUGCUCGAACGUCAGACCGGCAAAGCGAUAAUUGCAUCUCCGAGUGGCUGAGAGGUCGCUGUAGAACCGAUCAUUUUCUCGCUACAGUAUCACCUGUCUCUUUGUAGCUACGUGAAAAAACGCGAACGGUGUACAAUAUCUUUUCCAAUGGCUUAGGAAGCUAACGUAGAGUAAGUCGAGAGUCUCUGAUUCAGCGUGAAUAAUGAGAACAGGCUCAAUCAUUUAUGAUAAUGACGACGAUGAGCGAUAAUAAUCGAAAAGUAUUCUCCGCGAAAAGUAAUCGAAUGAAAUAUCGUCGUUAUCUUCUUUUCUUUCAAUAGUCCUAAGCUUCUUUUGUUUUAAACUUUCCUUUUAACAGACAGUUGGAUGAUAACCAGAAUUGUUUUUAUUUCCAUUGAAAGCUUUCUUUACUCUUAAUAUUAACUUCAAAUUAAUUGGUAACUUUAAAGCGGUUGACUUUAAAUAAUGUAACUAUUAAAGUAAUGUAUAAAAAUAUGUGUGUAAAAUAUCAAAUAAGGAAUUUGUAGAGAUUUUCAUUUAAAAUAUUAAAUCUUAAUUGUAUAAUCUAAUGUAUGCGCUGUUGUAAUAACGCAUUGAAGCGUACCCUCGGUACGCAAGGACGAUAUUUAUAAUCGAAGCAAGAAGAAGGAUAAUUAUAUCCUUGACUUCAGUCAUCGACGUUGCGCUCCGCGCGCGAGUAAUUCCUUUCUCGUGUUUCUUGGAAAUAAAAGCAAGUCUGAUUUCAUCGAGCGCGCUGUUAUCCUCGCUGCGUGUGUACUCCGUUAUUCACGCGGUCGUAUGUUGCAUAUUGUACAGAGAUAGCUACACAACACGUGCAUCGAGCAUUGUAUUAUCAUCCGCAUACGAAUUUACAUACUGAGAUACAUUCGAACAUUUCGUUCAUAUUCGCACGUCGAUAUCGUGUUGUGCAAGAGAAUCAACAUUAUGGAUAAGCGUCCUGAGCAUGAUUCCGAAGUACAGUUGAUGCCUGACGUUAACGGCUUUGACGUUGGCGGUCUUAUUCUUUUGUUACAUUAAGACGCGUGCGCGCGUUUAUGUGUAGGACAAAAUUAAAGAGAAGAAGGAAAGUAAAAGACCCUCGUGAUCGUGAUAGUUCGUGCGCUGCUGAAUGCACGAAUGUCCUAUUACGUAAAUAUUAUUUUUAUGUUUUUGUUUGCCGAGUUCUUUAAAUUCGAAAAAGAAAAAAAAACGGAAAAAUGAUCGACAGACGCAACCGACGUAAGGCGAAAUAGAUGUUCCUUUUAUUGCUUUUUUUGAUAUUGUUUCACGUAUAUCGAACUAUAAUAUAAUUCUCGAAUCAGAGCAAACGAGAGUAUCUCGGCCCACAUGGUGCAGAUUAGUUUGCUCAUAUUAGAUUAAUAGAAAUAGAUCAUAAGUCGGCAAAAUUUCAAAACAACAUUUAAAUGGUUUGAAGUUAAGCGGAUCAAAAAGAGAAAAUGGCUAGUUUAAAAUUUCUCAAUUGUUAAAUUACGGGAUAAUAUUGUUUAUUGAUUUAUAUGUUAAAUAUUUUUUGUAGAGUUUUAUCGACCAAAAAUCGUUUUAACGCCAGCCCACCCACGAUAAUGCUUUAUAUCUUCGUACAAAUUUAUUUAUCUUUUCUAUAAACCUCGUUCUAUAUUAUAGAAUUUAUAAUAUGCACGAAUCUAUAAAACUAAUUUGGUUCAGAGAUAAAUUACCGAAAUACUUCUUACUUUAUCGUGUGUUUUAGUUGAGAAAGGGAAAGAUAUCGGAAAGAAUUUUUUUCAUUUACAUGUUUUGAUACGGUGGACAGAUUUUUACUCAGGGCAGCUGGGACAGAGACCGCUGCGCACGGUAUUCUAUACUCGUACAAUUUAAAAGCGUUAAAAGAUAGAGGAGCGAAUGCAGAGAAGCUAUCUGUAAGAUUUACAGAGCGCGCACAGUCCCUUCGGAAUUAACAUUCGAGUUGUUGGCAUUCACUUUGAGUUUCCAAGAUCUUUCUUGCAGAAAUGUUUGUGACAUUGGAGGGCUGCCCGAGCGUAACGUUCGUUUGUACAUUGUAAUUGCACAUCAUGGGAAACUUUCUUAGAAAGUCAUUCGCUUGCUGUAGUACAACGGCGGAUAUGGCUUUUGUCAACCUCUGUCUUCUUUGUACUUUGUAAGUACCAAUAAGAUAAAGAUUUAGAGUUUAUAUAGCGCGCGUGGAUGAGAUUAUAUAUAAAUAUAUAAAUAUAUAAAUAUAUAUAUAUAUAUAUAUAUAUAUAUAUAUAUACACAUAUGAAGAACCGUGUAAAUAAAGAAAGCUAUGGUGACAUGUAGAGAUAUGGAAAGCAAUAUAUAAUGUGAGCUCUCUUAAGAGGAAACAUUGGAAGAUUAAUAUAUUUAUCGGCCUCUUUGCGCAAGGCUAAACAACAAUCAGCUGUAACACGAAAUUGUCUUUACUAUAAAGGAAAAAGCUCAUUUUUCCCGCUUGUCUUUUUUGAUUUAUCUUGCGCGAAGUUUCAUACGGUAUAACCCACAUUACACAUUAAACAAUUAAACGUACCGUUUCAAAAGAGCUAAAAUAUUGUUCAUUAUCUCUUCUACCGGGUUCUGAAACGAAGAGAUUUUUUUCUUUGUGUCGAUCGCGCGUUUUUUUUUUUUUUUUUGGUAAAGUAUCAAUAUAUAAGCUCGAAUGUGUAAGUGAAUGCUCGUUCUUUUAAAGAAAAGAAUGUAUAAUAUAAGAGGACAUGAAAGUGUUGAGAUGUGUGAGAAAAUGUGCCGCAUGAGGAAAAAAAUAUAAAAGGAAAAGAAAAAAAUAUACAAAUGGCCAUAAUACACAGAUCUGUAAGCGUAAACGAAUUUAAGAUUGUAUAAUAGAAUGCGAGUAUAAAUGUACGUGCGUGUGCGUGUGAUGUGUACGCGUUGUGUUCGCGAGCGUGAGGAGGAAGCGUGCGAAAGAAACUAAUCGCUAGCCUUUAAGAGAAAACCCAACACCUUGUAAGUUUGUAGUAGCGUAAGGUACCGCUGAGUCAUACCGAUUGUCAGAUCGUUGUUUAUUUUUAUCCUUUUUACACCCGUAUCUCCACAUUGUACCGUCUCGUGAGGAUGGAUCGACCCGGUACUUUCGUUUGCCCGUUUCACAAGAGAGUUCGAACGGCCAACGGUGUAAUUGUUUCGAUCGCCGAAGAUUGGAAUUGUGAUAACGUUUCUCGUACAGUGGCUGGACCAUAACAUUGGAUCUCGGUAUAGCGCAGCGGUCGAGUAUACAUGUGAAACGCGGAUAUUAUCAUUCUCAUUUUUCUUCCCUGUAGUUAUACAGUAAGCGUUGCAAGUCCCUUUGUCGAAUGGCGAAAAAGAGAAUGUAAUAACCGUGAGGGAGACGUUGGUGUGUUUGUUUUUCGCGUUGUGCCAACGCCGUGAGUGUGGUAAUCCUGCGAGGAACGAGUCACGAUGCGAGGAGAGCGAGCGAGAAAUUUCAUUACAUUUUUUUCAAGAAAAACACGAAAAAACGAAAAAAAAAAUCGUCACAUGUCAUAUAUAUAUAUGUAUAUAUAUAUAUGUAUAUAUAUAUAUAUUUUAAGUGGUACGCAUCCCCGUCGUUCCUCUCAUCUUCUACCCCGCACACUCUUCGCCGUGAGUUUUGUCUCGUCGCGUGAGAUCCGCUUAUCGAGGCAGUAUCCGCGCGGCUGACACGAAGGAUGCGCAUCUUUCUUUUUGUGAAAAAAACGAGAAAAGGGACAUUGUUAUCAAGCGCGCAUCCUUUCUUUUUCUUACAAGAAAUAAGAGAGAUAAUGUCAAGCAUAGGCUAUUGUGUUUGAGAUCACUGGUGGUCUUUGGUUUUAUGAACUGUUCAGUUCUGUUGAUAAGAGCCGAGAGGAAGGGAGGGAGUUAAGAAAGGGGAAGAGUGUGCGACUCGAUUCGACAGGAGCUGAUUUUCCAUCACUUUUCUUAUUCUCAUAAUCAUAGUUGAUAUAUCGAUCGAAGAUGGGACAGUAAGAGAAAACUGAAGAAUGUAAAUAAGAUUUAUUUCGUAGCUAUAGUGCCUAUAUCUUAAAAAAACUAGAUUGAUAAAGAUAGUUGCUCUCCGGUUUUCAUCCUAAUCUUCCUUCCCACCGUGUCCUUCCUGUAAAACGGCAACGCACGUCCCUCACAUUUUCACGGCCUUCUGAAUCGAUACCAUCCCUCUCGUCCGUCCCUCUUGUCCCUGCAAAUUGAAACAUUCCUCUCCGAAUUAACCUCCACCCCAGUUCCUCCUCCUCCUCUUAUUCCUCUUGCUCUUCUUUCCUCUCCUAUGUCACAAUUCCCCUUCCACAUGUCC